GCUCAAUCAAUUGGAAGGUGGGACCCUUGCCAUAGUAUUAUUGUGAGAGAUGCCAAAAUGGCAUUCUCAAUCACACCAACUAAUCCCAUUCGUAUCCAGCAUCAACCAAGUGAGAGAAGCUCAUCAAAAUCUCCAUUUUCAUCCACCAUAUUCGAACCAAAGCUUAAGGAGAAGAAGGAGGGGAAAGAAAAGAGAAAGAAGAAGGAAAACUUGAGGAUUAACAAGGUACUUCAAGGACUUUCACGGAGUUGAAAGGGUCGCCGGAGUGUCGCCGGAGUUCGUUGAAGUUCACCGGAGUUUCACCGGAGCUCAAUAAGAAAGGCUAGAACUUCAUAAGCUUCUUUUGAGGUUGAGGCUAGAGUCCUACCACCUGCACCUUUGCCUAGGGUGACUGAUCAAGGAGGAAGACGUGAAAUGGAGGGUAGAGGCAUGGCUACGAGGAACAACCCGAGAGGGCAAACUCCGGUGACGUCCGAAGGGGCUAGCCAGGUUGCAUCUCGGGGCGCGAGAGGCGGUAGGAGAGGCCGUGGAGGCCGUGGAGGCCGGGGAGGCCGUCGGGCUCAAACCGUGAGCGAUGGCCAUGUUAGCUCGGUGCAUGGAACUCACACCGAGGAUUAUGACUCUACCUAUGUCCCCGAGACGGAACAUGAGGAGACCCCAUAUGAUGGGGGUGAUACGUAUACUGAUGAUGACAACGAUGAGAGUGAUGCCAAAUUCGCCCAGAUGGGUGAACUGUUUGAGUGGUAUCAAAAGGAGAAGUUGAGGAGAGAUCUUAGGCGCCAAGCUAGGCGUGCCUCUCAGGGGGCUUCAGGUCACGGAAGCCGGGGAGCAUCAGUGGCUACACCUGUGGCGUCACAGGGAAUGCAUGGAGGAGGUUUUUGUGUAAGAAUCUCCAAAUACCUCAAGGAGGCUAGGGCCUUGGGGUGCAAGUCAUUUGACGGCAAGGGUGAUAUAUCGGUGGCUGCCGAUUGGAUAAAGAAGCUAAAUGAGGCUGCUAGGGAUAUGCAGAUCGGGCUUGAUAUAAAGCUGACAGUUGCUACCAGGUUACUGGAGGGAGUAGCCGCGGUAUGGUGGGAAGGCGUGGAAGGAAAGUUCCACGGUGAGACCACCUGGGAGAAAUUUGAAGUAGAAUUCUAUAAUCAGUACUACUCAGAGUUCGAAAAGAACCAGAAGAGGAAGGAGUACAUGACCCUGGUACAGGAGGAGGAUUGCUCGGUGAGGCAACUGGAACAAAGGUUCCGGGACUUGGCACGGUACAUACCCGAGUACGCCAUGGAUGAGAACCGUAUGGCUAAUCACUUCUGGGAUACCCUACACUUGGAUAUCCGUGAUCGGACUACCUACAAUCAUCACAUGACCUUUAGUGAGAUUGUGGACCAGGGGCUACUUGGGGAAGCCAAGUGGAAUGAAAGGAAGAAGAGAGACGCCGAAGAGGCGAAAAAGAGAAGAUGGGGGAAUUCUGGACCCCAAGACCAUUCUCGGAAACAUCACGCCGGGAAUGGAAGAUCAUUCAGGGCGCUGGAGCCACCGGCAAAGAAGAGUAAGGGCCCAGGAGGGCAAGGGCAUAGCUCGGGGAGCGUGAGGCCACCAAGGUGUCCAAACUGUAAUAGGAAUCACUCCGGGAAGUGCAAUGAACCACCUCGGUGCUACAAGUGUGGUAGCACAAGCCACCUCAAACUCUCUUGCCCAAUGUUGAGUGGAGGUGGGCCAUCGGGAGCUGUCGAGGCACCUACGUCUGGUAGGGGUCGUGCGGGACCAUCUCAGGGCGGCACGGGAAGGGGCGGACCCACGGCUAGUAACGCCGCGUCCGUUAACCAAGGGAGGACCCAGGCACGGGUGUACGCAAUGACCGAGGCUGACGCUCGGGCCAAUCCGGACUCCAUUGCAGGUUGAGGCUAGAGUCCUACCACCUGCACCUUUGCCUAGGGUGACUGAUCAAGGAGGAAGACGUGGUUCGUGCUUCCAUUCAUCUUCAAAACUGAUAAACUGUUCAUGGAUAUUUUUAACAAAGUUUUCUAUUAAAACAAUUGGGGGCCUGCGUGCCCGUAUUUGCCACGUGUGGCUCAGUAUCAAACAUAUCUUAUUUUCCGCAUUUGUUUGACUAAUAUAUAUUGAUGUUGAUUGUAUGGGUUUACUAAUCGGCUUGGCAAUAGAACUCAACGGACGC